AGGGUGUGCUGUUGAUGAAAAUUAAAAUGUAAACAAGAAGAGGAGCAAUCCGGAUUUACUUAUUUUUUGACAGUAUUGCACGUUUUUUCACACCUUUUUGUUUUAAAAAUAUAAAAACCACAAGAAUCAAACACAUUGUGUAAUUGUCAUCUAAUCUGAAAAAUAAAAAGGUACAGUGUGUUGUUAAUGAAACGUAUAUGUGUUCAAUUUUAACACCAAAUUUUGCGCAUGCACGACAUUCCAUACAUGCUUAUUUGCAUACGUAAACAAACAGCGACUUUUACUUUGCGUGAUUAAUCUUGAAAAUACACGAACGAAAGAUCAACAAAACCUAUAGAAAAUGAAGAAAGAAGAACUCUGAAGAACAUAAAAAUGAAUGAAGAUCAAAUGAAAACAGAGAGUAAAAAGAUUUUCCCAUGCAUCCUUUGCAAAAAAAGAACAAGGCCAAAUGACAGAAAAAAAUGUGAGUCAACAGCAAUCCGUCGCUUCCUCAGAAAGAACUUUCUUGGUGAGGCAAACUCAAAUGACAUUUUGUGCAACAAGUGCAGACAUCGCUACCAUGGAAACCAGAAAACAUGCCAGCAGAAGUCUAGUUCCCUUCCUGUGUGUCAGCCUCUACAACCAGGAAUGUGCAGUCCACCAUCUAUAUCUUUGCCUCUCCAGAGAACACCUUCUUCACAUGCUUACUGCUUAAUCUGCAAGCGACCGGGUCCUAAACUUGUUGUCGUGUCUUCAGCAGCUAGAUUUUCAGCCUUUCUUCACCAUGAAAUCAUCAUCCCACCUGGAAGCAGAUGUUGUCCAUCCCACAUUGAUGAAGGAGAGUUUAGACCUGGUGUUUUGACCAAAAUACAGACAUUCGAGUCUUCAUUUGUAAACAAGUCGACAGUGCUGGAACUGAUCCAAAAAAUACGAAAUUAUGCCCUCCAGACCUCAACAAGCAGAUUUUCUUUUGAACUGUCUACCAUGAGCAACAGUGAUUAUAUGGCACUGACUGGUAUCUCUAAAGAAAACUUUGAAGACCUCCAUUCCUUUAUUUCCAGUGAUAUUCGAAACACACAAAACCGGGGCACAAGGAUGUCACUUGGAAUCUUUCUUCUGAAACUGAGAUCAGGAAUGUCAAAUCAACUUCUGGCCACGAUUUUUGGAAUUUCAAAGUCUUCCCUCUGUAGAGCAGUAAAAUCAGUCCGUACAGCACUCAUGAAGUCAUUUGUACCACAUCAUCUUGGACUACAACAUACAACAAGAGAAGAAAUUAUAGAAAAUCAUACAAGACCUCUGGCACAGGAACUUUUUGGUGAUUUUACAAAUAAGAAAGCUAUUGCUGUUUUGGAUGGAACUUAUAUAUAUAUUCAGAAAAGUAACAACUUCCAGUUUCAACGGAAAUCAUAUAGUUUACAUAAAGGCAGGCCCCUUGUUAAACCCAUGGUUGUCACAUCCACAGACGGAUACUUUCUAACAGUCCUUGGACCCUACCUAGCUAGGAAUAAUGAUGCCACUAUCCUCAACCAUAUGCUUCAUACCAAUGUAGAAGAUCUGAAGGGCUGGUUCCAUGAAGAUGAUGUUUUUGUUGUAGACAGAGGCUUCCGAGAUUCAGUCGAUAUGCUCGAGGAGCUGGGAAUAAGGGCCGAAAUGCCUCGCCUGAUGAGCAGAGGGCAGAAGCAGAUGACAACCUUAGAUGCCAAUGCCUCUCGUCUGGUCACCAAGAUUCGUUGGGUUGUUGAGGCAGCCAAUGCAAGGAUAAAGCGAUGGAAGUACCUUGCUCAUGUUCUUCCAACCAAUCAAGUGCCAUUUAUCGGUGACUAUGUGCGCAUCGUGUGUGCCCUCUCCAACCGUUACUGCAAGCCUCUGUCGACAGGAAGUGAAGAUGAAGACAUGGCCCUUGCAUGCAAAAUGAGAAAACUGUCUGCAUAA